GUCACACUGUGCGACAGCAACAGUGCUAUCAUCAUAAUAAUACGCGGGAUGCAUUAUACUUCUGUACCUGCUGUCUUUUCAGAUUAUGUCAUAUGUAAAACGGCUUGUCAAUCCAUUGAAGAAGACAGCGAGUUGCUUUUAACCUAUGUUUUGCAGUGUAGUAGAGAAACUAAGUGACUGAAGCUGGAGUUUGAAGAGAAAAGAGUGUGUCAUUGUGUGCGAUAGCGACUUGAAUCUGUCAAAUCUUCUGAUCUGAGACACUCGAAAUAAACUUAACACGCACGUUUAGCGCAUUUUUCAUCUAAUCAGCCACAGUAGUAGAAGAUGUCGGUGAUGGAGGGUGUGAGUAAUGGAGAGGAACCAGAGGUGGUGGUUCAGGCGUGUAUGCUGUCCGAGUUCAGUGAGAGCACAGAGGUUCGAGCUCUCUUCAGCAGUCUGCCGGACAUUCACCACGACGCGGCCAGCAAAGAGGACACCAUCGAGAGGUUUGUGGUUAUCAUGGAUCGCUACCAGGAACAACCACAUCUUCUGGAUCCUCACUUAGAGUGGAUGCUGAACAUGCUCUUGGAGAUGAUCCGCAAUGAGAAGUCGCCACCUCUUCUGGUCCAUCUCUGUUUCAAAUUCCUCUACAUCAUCUCAAAGGUCAGAGGCUACAAGAUCUUCAUGCAGCUGUUUCCCCACGAGGUGUCAGAUGUUCAGCCGGUUCUGGACCUUUUAUGCAGACAGGACCCAAAAGACACUGAGACCUGGGAAACACGCUACAUACUCCUCCUCUGGCUUUCCAUGACGUGUCUCAUUCCCUUUGACUUGUCCCGUCUGGAUGGCCACCUGUCCACUGACCCCGGGCUGAACAGAGAGUCCAUCAUGGAUCGUAUUCUGGCUGUUGCCAAGUCCUUUCUCAGAGUGAGUGACAAAUCUCGAGAUGCUGCAUCAGUGCUGGUAUCUAAGUUUGUGACUCGUCCAGAUGUGAAGCAGAAGUGUCUGGGUGAUUUUCUGGACUGGUGUCUGACCACCAUCUCUCAGACCAGUGAGAUGACCAUGGAGGGAACUGUGACCCUUGAUGGCGCUUUGCAAUCCCUGGCCCAGCUCUUCAAGCAUGGGAAACGUGAUGACUUUCUGCAAUAUGCUCCAACAGUGCUUCAGUGCCUGAAUCAGAAGAGAAUAGCUGAGAGUAACCAGACCACAUUGCGUAAGCUGGGUGUAAAAGUUGUCCAGAGACUCGGCUUGACCUUUCUAAAACCACGAUUGGCCAAAUGGAGAUACCAGAGAGGAAGUCGGUCACUCGUAGUCAACCUGGCCGAGUCUUCUGUCACUGGAAGUGUACAGGCUACAAAACCUGAUCUAGACUCUGCAAGUCUGGAGGAAGACUAUGACAUACCUCAGGAGGUAGAAAAUGUCAUUGAACAACUGUUGGUGGGACUGAAAGACAAAGAGACAAUAGUGAGAUGGUCUUCUGCCAAGGGGAUUGGUCGGGUAACUGGUAGACUACCUAAAGAGCUUGCAGAUGAUGUGGUCGAGUCUGUUUUGGAGUGUUUCAGUUUCCAGGAAACAGAUAAUGCCUGGCAUGGGGGGUGCCUGGCUCUUGCAGAGCUUGGCCGAAGAGGGCUGCUGCUUCCUUCCCGCCUCUCAGAUGUGGUGCCUCUGAUUGUAAAAGCUUUGACAUAUGAUGAGAAAAGGGGUGCGUGCAGUUUGGGAUCAAACGUACGUGAUGCAGCCUGCUAUGUGUGCUGGGCUUUCGCCCGUGCCUAUGAAUCAAAUGAACUGAAGCCUUACGUCAACCAGAUUGCCAGCGCACUAGUCAUCGCAACUGUGUUUGACAGGAACGUCACCUGCAGAAAGGCUGCCUCUGCUGCUUUCCAAGAGAAUGUGGGCAGACAGGGCACCUUCCCUCAUGGCAUAGAUAUUCUUACAGCGGCGGACUACUUCACGGUCGGUAACCUGAAUAACUGCUACUUAACUAUCAGUGUCUACAUCGCUGGUUUUGAGGAAUACACCAAACCCUUAAUUGACCACUUGGUGGCUAUGAAAGUCAAUCACUGGGAUGGGGCGAUCAGAGAGCUGGCCACAAAAGCCCUGCACAAUCUAACUGUCCGGACCCCUGAAUACAUGGCCAACACUGUUUUACCCCAGUUGCUGCCCAUGGCCACAGGGAAGGAUUUACACGGCCGUCACGGCGCUAUCCUAGCCUGCGCUGAGAUCACUCAUGCUCUCUAUGAGCUUGCAACCCAGAACAAUAGUUCGGGGACUGACUUCCUGUCCUCUGAUACCAUUGAAGGUCUUAAAAACAUUCAUCAAAAGCUCUCUGACAGAAAGCAGUACAGGGGAUUUGGUGGAGAGCUAAUGAGACCAGCUGUCUGUGUGCUCAUUGAAAAGCUCUCUCUCUCUAAGAUGCCUUUUAAGGGUGACCCAGUUAUCUCUGGUUGGCAAUGGCUAAUAGACGACAGCUUGAAGAACCUUCACCUGUUCUCCAGCGGGGCCAGGCGUGGUAUACAGGAUGCCGCAGUCGCAGCACUGGCAGCGUUGUGUCGGCAGUAUUACCAGGUUGAACCAGGGGUUGCUGAUGCGGAAAUGCAAGAUCAGCUGGUUAGUCAAUACCUGUCGGCCCUGGAGAGUCCUGAGGUUUUGACGCGCUGCGGCUGCGCUCUCGCCCUGGGCUCACUGCCGCCGUUUAUGAUCCAUGGCAAACUACAGCAGAUCUUGCCUGGGCUCCAGGCCACUUGUAAGGUUGUUCAGAAAGAGGAGAGUCUAACAGAAGCCAGGAGGGAUGCGGCCACAGCCAUGUCUCAGGUGUGUGUAGCUGUAGGAGUGUGUGCUCGAGGCAGCCCGGACCGUGUCCUGUGUGAGGACAACAUAAGGCCUGUGUAUGAAGCCUUGCUGGGCUGUAUGAACGACUACAGCACAGACAGCAGAGGGGACGUUGGGGCAUGGGUGAGGGCGGCAGCAAUGAGCAGCCUUAUGGACGUGACCCUGCUGGUGGUGGCGUCUGCUCCGGAGCUCCUCUCCUCUGACCUUGUUCAGCGUAUGAUGUGUUGCCUGGCCCAGCAAGCUGCAGAGAAGAUCGACCGCUACCGAGCUCACGCCGGUACAGUUUUCCUGCGUCUGCUUCACAGCACAGAUCCUGCAGUACCUCACAUUCCCCACCGAGAGGAGCUACUGAGCAUCUUCCCUCCAGAGACGGGAAACUCCCUGAACUGGAACGCAGCAUCACAGGCCUUCCCUCACAUCACACAGCUGCUGCGGCUGCAUCAGUACCAGUACCACACACUCCUGGGCCUCACCGUGUCUGUGGGUGGCCUCACCGAAUCUACAGUGCGUUAUUCCUCUCAGUCUUUAUUCGAGUACCUGAAGGGCAUACAGCAGGAUGUCACAGUGCUUCAGCAGUUUGGAGACACGUUGUUAAGCAUCUUUCGAGAUAACCUGCGCAAUGACAGAGUUUCUGUACCUUUGCUGAAGAUGGUGGACCAAAUCCUUGCUAAUGGCUGCUUUGACCUCUUCGCCAGUGAGGAGAGUCAUCCAUUCUGCGUAGAGCUGCUGUCGCUCUGUAAAGAGGAAAUCAAGAAGUCCAAAGAUGUCCAGAAGUUGUUGUCAUCUAUAGCUGUUUUCUGUGGAAUGGUGCAGUUCCAGGGUGAUGUGAGGAAGAAGGUCUUAGUGCAGCUGUUGAUGUUGCUCUGUCACUCCUUCCCUGUGAUCAGGAAGACCACUGCCAGCCAGGUAUACGAGAUGCUCUUGACCUACGAUGAUGUCAUUGACGAUGAUCAAGUGCUGGCUGAUGUCAUGGCCUCGCUUAGUGACACUAAUUGGGAAAGUGACAUCGCCACAGUACGGACCCACAGGAAUCAGCUCUGUGAUUGGUUGGGAGUGCCCAGGCCGACUCUGAUAGCCAAGACUUCACCCCAAUAAAUCCAUUCCCACCUGACGGCCUCUUUGCACUACGUUCGGUGUGGACAUCAGUGACUGUGUCCAUAUGUCCUCUCUGCUGUCAGCUGAUGUUGUCUAUCUAAUAGUAUCUGUCCUGCGAUCGUUAAAUCCUUAAGUAAAAUGUCUUGGAGCUCAGUGAUUUGUUUUUUUUUUUUUUUUUUUUUUUUUUUUAAAUGAUGAUUUCCCAGAACAAGGCUUGUUUUACAGCACUGUAGAAACAGUUGUGAUGCUCUGCUUUAGUACAUUUAUGGAAAUAUUGCAAAUUAUUGACAUCCUGAUUAUAAAUUUAUGAAAUUUAUUAAAUAUACUUUGCAUGUAUAGAUCAUACAGUAGCAUUUCUUUCAGAGGCAUAUGAGGUAGAGGAUCCACUAUAAGUGCCAGAUCCAAUUUUAGAUGUGCCUUAUACAUAUCUGACUUCAACACAAAUUCAAGAAAUUAUUCACCCAAAAACUGUCAUAAUUUACUCCCCUUAAAGGAGAAGUCCACUUCCAACACAAAGAUUGACAUAUAAUGUACUCACUCCCUUGUUAUCCAAGAUGUUCAUGUCUUUCUUUCUUCAGUCGUGAAAAAACUGUUCAGGAUUUUUCUCCAUAUAAUGGACUGCUAUGUUGCCCCGAUUUUGAACUUUCAAAAUGCAGUUUAAAUACGGCUUCAAACGAUUCCAAAUGCGCUUGUAAACAAUCUCAGCUGAGAAAGAAAGGUCUUAUUGAACAUAAUGAUCGGCUAUUUUCAUAAAAAUAAUACAAUUUAUAUACUUUUCAGUGUCAAAUGCUGUCUUGUCUUACUCUGACUGGACUGUUUUUUCUGGUUCAUGACAGUUAGGGUAUGUCGAAAAAUUCCCAUCUCAUGUUCUCCCUCAACUUCAAAAUUGUCCCAUAUCGCUGUUUUACCUUUUUUGUUAAGGGUGUUUGAUCUUCUUUGCAUGUUCACUUUGCAAACACUGGGGUCAGAACUUCUGCAGUGAUGUAGGAUGAUUUUGAAAUUAUUUUUGAAGUUGAGGGAGAAAUUACGAUUGGAGUUUUUCGACAUACCGUAUCUGUCUUGAACUAAAAUGCAAUGAGUUCAAAGAGAGCAAGGCAAGACAAGCAUUUGAGAAUAAAACGUAUUUAAGUUAUAUUUUUAAAAUUAAAAUAACCAAUCGUUUCAGUAGAUAAAACCCUUCUUCCUCGGCUGGGAUUGUUCACAACCACAUUUGGGAUCGUUUGAAGCCACAUUUAAACUGGAUUUUGGAAUUUCAAAAUCGGGGCACCACACCAGUCCAUUAUAUGAAGUAAAAUGCUGAAAUGUUUUCCUCAAAAAACAUAAUUUCUUCACAACUGAAGAAAGAAAGACAUGAACAUCUUGGAUGACAAGGGGGUGUGUACAUUAUAUGUCAAUCUUUGUUUUGGAAAUGGACUUCUCCUUUAAUGAUAUUUGAGUCAGUGAGAUGAACUAGAAAACAGAUCAGCAAGUGAAUCAGUCUUUUGAAGCUGUGCUUUUCAAUAAACCUGUUGAGACUGGUCACA